AUGGCGGCGGAGGGAGAGGAUCCGCUGGGCUAUUUCGCGGCCUAUGGCAGCUCCAGCUCCGACUCGGAGGCUGAUGAGCCCCAGCCCGACGAAUGCGAGGCAGGAGAUGGUGCGGCGGCUGGGGGCAGCCCGGGACAGCGGCCGCGGCUCCCGCCGCCCGACGAGCUCUUCCGUAGGGUGUCGCAGCCGCCCGCCUUCCUCUACAACCCGCUAAACAAGCAGAUCGACUGGGAGAGCCGCGUUGUGCGGGCGCCCGAGGAGCCCCCCAAGGAGUUCAAGGUGUGGAAGAGCAACGCCGUGCCCCCACCGGAGUCUUACAGCCCGCCCGAGAAGAAGCCCCCGCCGCCGCCUGCCUGUGACAUGGCCAUAAAGUGGUCUAACAUCUACGAGGACAAUGGUGACGACGCGCCCCGGCAGGCCAGCAAAGCCCGGUUUCUGCCGGAUGAGGAGCAGGAGCACCUAGAAUCAGAUGGUGAAAAAGAUGAUGAACCAGCUUCUGCUAAGAAACGUAAACUAGACUCUGGGGAGCAGACAAAGAAGAAGGAGAAGUGACAGAAGUGUACAAAGA